UUUAGUGGCAGCACUCUUAAAGCAUCAGCCAUCUUUAUUUUAAUUUUAUCCAUAUAGGUAUAUAUAAGUGGAAGCGGCUAUGGGCUUUGACAGGAUGAUGCCGGCUUUGUACAGAGCAGCAGUGGAAGGUAAACACGAAGAUUAUUAUGAGGCUCUCCGACAGACGGCGAUGACAGUGGCAGAUAAUCAAGUUACUCCAUCUGGCAAUACUGUGCUGCACGUUGCAGCGCUCCACGGCCAAAAACAAUUUGUGGAAAACAUCCUAGAAACAGAAGAGGAUCGUGUGGCCUCGUCUAUGUUGUUUUCUAGAAACAAUAAAGAUGAAACUGUGCUCCAAUGUGCAGCGGAGAAAGGCUAUGCCGAUAUUGUCUCUCUCAUCAUCACUGCCACCAAGAAAUACAAGGAUGUAGAGCUUGGUGUUGGAGUGACGAAGAUGAUUGGGAUGAGGGAUAAGGUGAAAGACACGGCUUUGCACAAGGCAGUGCGAAUGGGGCAUUUGGAAGUGGUGAAGUUAUUGGUUAAAGAGGAUUCUGAAUUUGAGUAUCAUGCCAAUGAUGAUGGAGAGACACCCAUUUACAUAGCAGCAGAGUUGCAAUUUCAUGGGUGCUUGGUGGAAAUGCUCAACACAUGUAAAAAGCCCACCUAUGGUGGACCAUUGGGUCGCAAUGCUCUCCAUGCAGCUAUAUUAUCAGGUAUUGGGUACACAAAUAUAUCCAAGUCAGUAAAGAUUCUGUUUUUGGAGUAUCGCACUGAAAGUAGUUGUAGAGAGUUUGCCACAGAAUGCACGCAAUCACUGUUGGAAAAGAAGAUGUGUUUGUGCGAGGAAAUUGAUGAUUUUGGUUGGAGUCCACUACAUUAUGCUGUAAAAAUUUACAAUAUUAAAGCUGCUCGCAUGAUACUUGAAAGAAAACCAUCUGCAGCUUACAUUUAUGCGGGCAGUGACAAAGAGUGGACAACAACAUUCCACAUAGCAGCAAGGAAGGGUAAGGUCGAAAUGAUGAAAGAGAUAUUAAAUAUGUGCCCAGAUUGUUGGGAGAUGGUGAAUAGCAAAGGGCAAAAUGUAUUGCAUGAAGCAAUAUUGAGUAAGAAAGUGAAUGUGAUACGGCAUAUAGAAAGCUAUGACCAUUUUGACAACCUUAUUCAUCAGAAAGAUGAGGAUGGCAACACACCACUGCACCUGCUUGCUGUUAAUCGCUACAGUGUUAUCGACAAAUAUAUAAAAGAGCGUCGUAUGCUGAAUUAUUUUGCAUUUAAUAAGAAACACCAAACUCCGAUUGACAUAGCCGUUUCAGGAUAUAAGUUAUUGCCAAACGUCGAGAUAAGAGAGGGCAGUAGAGCACUUCUAAAUAGUAGAAAAUUUGCUAACCGCAUCAGAAAUAUUCCGGAACACGAAGAUAAUAUUUCUGACAAGGCAGAAAAGGAGAUUGAAGCUAUGAUAGGAAUGGGUAAAACAAGCAUUGUUGUGGCAACAUUGAUAUUAACCAUGACCUUUGCAGCCGGUAUUACAGUGCCAGGAGGAUACCAACAAGAAAAAGGGUACCCAUUAUUAUUACGAAACACAGCUUUUAAGGCCUUUGUUAUUACUAAUACUCUUGCUUUCCUAUGCUCUUUUUGCUCCAUUGUCAUUCACAUUGCUAUGGUGAGUGAAGCCUCACGUUACUCGAGGAGCUUUGGAACUGUGGCAAGUCUGAUUUUUGCGCAGGGUGUAUUGCUUGCUUUUUCAUGUUACGGAGUAGUAAUUGCGUUCCUGUGCGCAAUGUAUGUCAUUUUAGUACCUUUACUUCCCCUUGCUAUUACUGAUUUAAUCUUAGGCAUCUUCAUUUUCAUUUUCGCUUUUAGUGUUUGUACUUACUAUUAUUUAUAUGCUACUUAAUAAAAUGUAGUGUAGCCGGCCACCAUAUCAAAAAUAUUAAGGCUAAGGUCUUAUCAA